GUUGGAGCUCUGAACUCUAAUACUUAAACGCAAUCACAUAACAUGGGUCACCUUGUGAAUCUACUUCAACUUCAAACAACUCUGUUUUUCAGCAACUCUCCCACAUGUUCAAGUAUUGCUCUCAAGCCUCACACUUUCGAAUAUCUCAAAGCAAAUAUCUUAACAUCCAAGUGUAAGGCCUUUGGAGGAGGAGAAAUGGAUGCCUUGCCACACUUGCAGGCUCUUAGAAAGUUUCCAAGGAAGGAGCUUGUUGCAAAAGUUGUACUGGUCAGAUUUGACUCUACCCUUUUGCUUCAGGAACAAGGGGAGGAACACCGAUUUCAACCCAAUGCACUCUUCACUAUUAAGUAUUUGCACCAAUCUGGGGCUAAAGUAGUUCUUGUUAGUGAUUGGAGUGUUAAAACUAAUCCUAGACUGUUUGUCGCGCAGUCUGUUGCAGAGUUCCUGUCAUCUCUUCUUGAGUACAAAGUUGUUCCAGUACAAUGCAUUUCUCAAAACGUGGUAUCAAAGAGGGAAGGCUUUGAGAAAGGAGAUAUUCUUCUUCUUGAGAAUCUUUCUGAGUUUAGAGGAGAAGUUGCCAAUUGUUCAAAAUUUUCUCAAGCAUUGUCAUCAGGAGUGGAUAUUUUUGUUAAUGAUUACUUUUCCCGGUCUCAUAAGAUUCUUGCAUCCACCUGCGGAGUUGCUCACUUCUGCUAUGCCAACUUAGCUGGUUUUCACUUUGAGGAGAGCCUAUCUCAACUUAGAAGGGCUACAGAAAGCAACACAAAACCGCAUGUAGCAAUUAUUGGAGGGGGUAAUCUCUUUGAUAAAGCAGCUGCUUUGCAUUCCUUAACUUCCCGAUGUGAUGGGUUAGUCUUUGUUGGAAUGAUGUCAUUUCAAAUAAUGCAUGCCUUAGGGCUACCUGUUCCCUUGAAUUUGGUGGAACAUGGGGUACUUAAAGAAGCUCUAGAUAUAGUCCAGGUUGCACACAUUAGAAAUGUACAGAUCCUAUAUCCAAAAGACUUUUGGUGCAAGAAUGAUCAUCUUCCAAAGCAAUUGGAAAUAUUUCCUGCUCAUCGUAUUCUGGAUGGGUGGGUACCUGUUGAUAUUGGGCCUGCAUCAUUUGUUGAAAUGAAGUCCAUGCUUUCAAGGUGCAAGAAAGUCACUUGGAUUGGUCCAGUGAAAUUCCGUACGAGUAACUGCACAAAAGGAGCUUCUGAACUGGCUCAAAUGCUUAAUCAACUAAGUCAAAGCAACUGCAACAUAACUGUUGUUGGGAAUAAGGCAUGUGAAGCAAUGGUGAAGGAAUCAAAUUCCACCUUUAAUUUCACUAUGAUUAAGGAUGCUUCAGUUGUGUGGGAGUUUCUCAAAGGCAGAAAACUUCCGGGGGUCAUGGCCUUAGAUAGGGCAUACCCUUUUGAUAUUGAUUGGAGUGAUGCCUAUUCUGAUCCAGCUCAACCUUUGGUAGUUGAUAUUGGAAGUGGUAAUGGAAUGUUUCUUUUGGGGAUGGCCAAAACAAGGAAGGAUUUGAAUUUUCUUGGUUUGGAGAUUAAUAAAAAGCUUGUAAAACGCUGCCUGGACUCUGUUCACUGGCGUGGGAUAAGAAAUGGGUACUUCAUCGCAACAAAUGCUACUUCAACAUUCCGAUCCAUUAUUUCUAGUUACCCCGGAAAGCUAGUGCUUGUUUCGAUACAGUGCCCGAAUCCUGAUUUCAACAAACCAGAUCAUAGAUGGAGUAUGCUGCAAAGGUCAUUAGUCGAAGCAGUUGCUGAUCUGCUUACAGCUAAUGGAAAGGUCUUUCUGCAAUCUGACAUAGAGGCCGUCUCUCUGAGAAUGAAAGAACAGUUUCAGAGAUAUGGCAAGGGUAAACUUACUGUGGUGCAUGAACAAAGUUUUGCCAUAACUAAUAGUGGGUGGCUUAAGGACAACCCAUUUGGAGUUCGAUCUGACUGGGAACAACAUGUCUUAGCUCGUGGGGACCCUAUGUACAGAUUAAUGCUUUGCAAAUCAACCACUACUGAAUAAAGUUGUUGCAGUCGCCGAUGGAAGUAAAUGGAACGUCUCAUUUUGCAGUGGUCUAGGGUCCUUUCUUGGUUCUGUUUCUCCAAGCAAAUUAUCCUUCAGUGGUGAUUGAUGUGGGCUGCCGCAUUUAUGAUCUUACCAAAUUAUAAAUUGGUAGCACUAGUUCCAGAUGGAUGGAAAUCUUUACUUAUGGUGGUAUGCCAGCAACAAAUAGUGCAACUGCUCUAAAACAAAGGAUGGUGGUGGGAUGAAUGGAUACAAUGUGUAGCACAUACAGUAUCGAAAGAAUGAGAGGAACAGAAUAUGUUUUGAGAAUGUUACGAAAGGUUAUGAUCGAUAUCCUCCCUGGUGUCUGUACAACAAAGGAACCAUAGAACAAGCUUCUACUGUAGCCAUCUGAAGUUGCUCUGUGUAUCAUUUUGAUCCUUAUUACUACCGUUGUAUUCAUUGUCACUUGUUUGUAACAAUUUUGGAUGUAAAUUCUGUUUUUACCGUAUAAAUACGCUAG